AACGUGGUGGGUGGUGGUUAGUACGGGUUAGCCAGUCAUCACCGAAGAUAAAGUAACUUCCGUACUACUAAGGUGUUAUUCAAGAGAAUACAAUAUGGACUAACAUGUUUUUUAUUGUCGAUUCGGUACUGCGAAUUUAUAGUGGUUGGUGGAUAAAUGCAGAUACGACUGUUACAUUUACGGUGAAAUGCAGUGUAGAACAGAGAGUACCUACCAAUAAAGUUAACAUCUAUUGAACAUUAAAAGACGCGUCAGCAUUAUUUGUGAGAGCUCUCCCGUUUUGCCCACCACAUAGAAAAGUGCUAGAAUACAUAUAAGUAGUACUAUAUAACAAUUUGAUGGAACUUAAGGACACUGUGAUAAUGGAUUUAACUGAGCCUUUAAAUAGUAUUGAUAAUAAGACAGACUUCUUCGAUUUUGUCGAACCUUCAGAUUCAGGAAACUCAUUUUUAAAGAACAUAGAAGAUAGAAAAGAAAACAACAAUAACACCAUGAUCGUUACGGAGUUACCAGACACUUUAAACGAAAACUUUCAGCCAGCUUUUUGGAACAUAAAGGAUACCGUUAAAAUAGAAACUGCUUUACUAGAAGAUUUAAACAAAUAUUGCUGGAUGUCAACUACGAAUGAGGUUGAGUCUAUUGGACAAGAAAAAAGCAACGCUGAUGAACAAAUCUAUACUCUAACAGUAUUAAACGGAGUAGACCAAAGCGCCACAUGGUACCGUCUGCCCAAAGAGGAUGAGUCUCUUUCAAGUCCUAAUUCCAUGGAACAAUACCAAGUAGGAAUUGAUAUGGAUUCGAUAUUGAGUGUGAUACCAAAUGGUCAACUAAACUAUAACAACCUAAUAACCAAUACCACUACUACCAAUACAGAUGAUGGUCUUAUAAAAUCAGAAACUUUUACUUACGAUGAUAAUAAAAGUGAAAUAACUAAUUCAUUCAUUGUAGAUAGUCCUAUGUUAGAGAUAACAGAUACUCUUGAAAACGAUACUACUGAUUGGAAAAUGUCUGACCAUGAUAAUAACAAUAACAAAGAGUCUCCUGACUCACUCUUACGAAGUGCUCUUCAAGGAAAAGCAUAUAUUCGGUAUAACGGCACAUUUAAACCAAUACAACGAAAAUUUCCAGACAGUGAAAACACGGAACUAAAAAAAGUACUGUCCACUUCUCCAACGAAUACUGCUACAAUAUAUACCAACGAAGAAGACGAAGAUAAGAUACCUACAAUCGUGGCUGGAAUAGACGUUAACGGUAAAAUAAUUUUCGAGGAACAUAUUGUAGCUAAAGUUAUUAAAGAAUCCAACACCUCCACCAAUACCAGCAACGUAGAUGAUCUUCUGCUCAGCCAACUGGACCAUUCGUAUCCAGAGGAUUUUGAAAAGUUGAAGAAAAUAGAGCACGAAGUCGCAGAGUCUGUGCAUCAGUAUUGUCAAUUCGAUCAUUCUGGAGAAGGUAGCAUUACUCCAGUCAGUAGUGAGCAGAUAGCACUCACGUACAUCAAUCCACAAAUACAAACUGUAAUUCCGAGAAGUGCGAUUGGGAAACCUAAUAAGAAGUAUAAAAGGCAAAGUAGUGGUAGUAAGACGCAUACACAGAUACAGAACGCAACACCAACAGCAACAGCAGUAGCAUCAUCAACAACAACCAAUGUAGUGAGGAAGGAAAGGUCGUUGCAUUACUGCAACAUAUGUUCUAAAGGAUUUAAAGAUAAAUAUUCUGUUAAUGUUCAUAUUAGAACCCAUACAGGAGAGAAACCAUUUGCUUGUAGCUUGUGUGGGAAGAGUUUUAGACAGAAAGCGCAUCUAGCGAAGCAUUAUCAAACGCAUAUAACGCAGAAGAAUGCUAUGGUGACAGGUAAUGUUAUAUCUGUGAAAGGUAAAUCAAGGUAGUUUCAAAAACGAUUAUAAUAAAAAAAUAUAUUUCAUGUUUAAGAACAUAUUUAUUUUCCAAGUAGGUGUAAAAUGAUAGAACGACAAUACAUUUAACCAUGUCCUCAACAAUUAAUCAUUUAGCUCUUUUUUAAACGUUAGUAUGAUAACGUAUCUCAAUUUUUUUAGUCUUGUCACCAGGGGGUACAACGGCCUCCUUAUGUAUUUUGACCCGUAGAACACCAAUUUUUUGGGUAACAGUUUAUCCGGAUGUCGAUAAGAUUGUUAUAAACAAAGAACUUGAGGAAUUACAUAACAGCGAUUUUUCGCAAAACAAAACAUUUUUUUGUACUUUUUGGGUUAUUCUCAGCAAAAAAUGUUCUUACAAGUUUUUUCGUAGGAUGCAUAGUUUACGAGAUAAACGCGGUUGAACUUUCAAAAAAUCGAAAAAGUGCAAUUUUUGAACCCGAAUAACUUUUGAUUGAAAAAUAAAAUAGCAAAUCUGCUUACUGCGUUUGAAAGUUCAAGUCAAGUUCUAUCGGUCUUGAUGAUUUGAAUUGCUAAAAAUUAAUUUUUUUAUUGUUAAGCAAAGGUAUAAACACAUAGUGUUUCCCGUGUCCAAUGCAUGCGUUUUAAUGUACGCAGUUUACGUAGAAAUUGUCUGUAUGCGCGCCUACUCGUUCGAUUUCAAAUGAGAAAUGCAUUGAAAACAUCAUUCAAGCACUAUGUGUUUAUAGCUUUGUUUAACAAUAAAAAAAAAUGUUUAGCAAUGAAAAUACUCAAAACCGAUAUAAUUUGACUUGAACUUUCAAAUGCGGUAAGCAGAAUUGCUAUUUUAUUUUUUAAUCAAAAGUUAUUCGGGUUCAAAAACUGCUAUUUUUCGAUUUUUUGAAAGUUCAACCGCGUUUAUGUCGAAAACUAUGCAUCCUACCAAAAAACUUGUAAAAACAUGUUUUGCUUAGAAUGGCCCAAAAAAUACAAAAAAAUAUUUUGUUUUGCGAGAAAUCGCUGUUAUGUAAUUCUUAGAGUUCUUUAUUAAGUAUAACAAUCUUAUCGACAUCCGGAUCAAUUGUUACCUAAAAAAUUCGUGUUCUACGGCUCAAAAUACAUAAAAAAACUUGGGUAAGUUCAUCUGAAUUAAGGAGGCCGUUGUACCCCCACUGGCGACUGGCCUAUUUGGCUACAAAAUUUUUUCUGAAUUUUUAGUCCUAAAAUACUUUAUUUGUUAUUUAUUUGUAAAGCUUAACAUGCCUUGAAGGUAUAGGGUUGAAAAGUUUAAUUUUCCAUUACAAUUACUAUUUACAUUUAUUUAUAUAAAAGAGAUUUAAUAUUUCUUGUUGUCUUUGUGUACAUGUUUAAACCACUUCCUUCCAUUGCUUUCUGUCCAAUGCUUUUUUUUUUACAAUUCUCAAUAUUACUUUUUUUGUAAGUCUUCACAUACGCUGUCCUUCCCUCUUUUGCUUGGUCUACCUUAUCUUAUUUUGUAUUGGCUUUCGUGAAAGCACCAUUGCCACCACUUUUUAAAUUAUUUCAUUUUCCAUUCUUUCAAUGUCUCAUAAUAAAUAUCGUAUUUCCUGUGCUUUGAUUACAGUCGACAUUUUUGAUUCGUUAUACUUAUAGUUCUUCGAGUUCUUUAUUAUUCCUUCUUCUCCAAUGAGCAUUUGCUUUCUUCACACGUACAUGCAAUAUAUAUUGCUUUUUGUCAUCUUUCUGAAAGGUCUAUUUCUGAUUUUUUAAGCACUCAUAUUUUGCAUGCAUUUGCCUUUAGGCUGUAGGCCUGAUAACUGUUUUGUAGAUUCUAAUUUUUGGGUUUCUGGAGAUAUAUUGGAAUUUUAUUAAUAAUCGCAAUGAUUCAUACCUUUUGUUUAUUUUUGCUAUUCGUGCCUUUAUCUUCCCUUCCCCAUGUCUGUUUUUAUCUAAUUUUACACCCAGGUAAGAAAAUUCUCAAACUCUUUUGAACAUGCAUGUAUUUUCUCCUUCUACCUCCAAUGUGAAAUUGUCUUUUUUUUUCUUUAUCUAUUUCUACAAUCCCAAAUUUUUUUACUUCUUUUAUUAUAUUAUUCAUUAAUUUUUUUAAUUCUUUCUUACUUGUCGUUAUAGGCCAGGAACCGAAGCUUUUCACCUCGCAAUUUUUACAGAAUGGAUCGAUUUGCUUGAAAAUUCAAGAAUAAGUAGUAGAUAGUCCAAGGAUCAA